UUCGUCCAGACUCCAGCAACUCCUCAAACCGCAAACCAUCUUUGGCCCAAGAUUCCACCGUUGUUUGCUGCUCACAAUCACUCAAAAAUGGACAGCAUAAAAGCGCUCUCACGGCUAUCCGUCCGCCAGGUAGCGCAACAAGCCCUCAAUUUCUGCCUGAUCGUAUCGUCGGCGCUUAUGAUAUGGAAGGGUCUUUCGGUCGUAACAAACACCGAGUCACCAAUAGUCGUCGUACUUAGUGAGAGCAUGACACCGGCGUUUCAACGCGGCGAUCUUCUCUUCCUCACCCUCCCCUCCACCCCAAUAAACAUCGGCGACAUUUGCGUCUACAAAGUAGAAGGCAAAGAGAGUGGCAUUCCAAUCGUGCAUCGCGUGAUCCAAAUACACACGAAGGACAACGACACGCAGUACUUGCUGACGAAGGGGGAUCAUAAUCCGGCGGAUGAUAGGCAGGGCGGGUUGUAUGGGAAGGGGCAGAUGUGGGUGAAGAGGGAGCAUGUUGUGGGGAAGGUUAGAGGGUUCCUGCCAUACGUCGGGAUGGUAACCAUCCUGCUGAAUGAGUUCAAAGAGCUCAAGGUACUUCUACUCGUCGUCUUAGGGCUAUUUGUAUUGUUCUCGAAAGAAGAUUAGGUGUUCUGAUACCGCAUCAACGUGCUCAUGCCGGGUGAGAGCACUGCAGUUCUAUGGUAUCGUAACUCCAUCGAGGAGGUCAUGGCGAAGUACGGGUCCCGCAGAAUAGUUCUGAUUCGGUUUGUGAAAUAUCUACCGAACCCACGUUCAUU